AUGGAAUUGGGAAGUGAAGAUAUUUCUCAACCACCAAAUCAAACUCAAAGUGUUGGAUCUUCUCAACCAUCUACAACAUCAACUACAAUAAAAAGAAAGUCCAAUGAUGUAGGUUGGGACUAUGGGGUACUUAAUGAUCCUACUAAGUCAUUGGACAAGAUUAAAUGUCUAUUGUGCAAGAAAGUAAUGUCUGGUGGGGUUUAUCGGAUCAAAGAGCAUAUUGUCGGUAUUUCAGGGAAUGUUAGCAAAUGCCCCAUAGCUUCAAAAGAAGAUCAAAUAAAAUGUAGAGAUGCUCUCAUUAUGGCGAAGAACAAAAAAAAGAACAAGAGAGCUGAAGAACUUAAUAUAAGAGCGGAGGUAAACAUUGGUUCACAUGAGAGUUUGAGUAAUACGCCUACAAAUAGUAUUGAUGUUGAUGAGUUGCAAGAGUCUGAACAAAUGAGGCCACCUCGUCCAAUUGGCCCUAUGGAUAAGUUUGCUAACCAAAUCAAUCUUGAAAUUUCUUUGAGUUCAAGAAGGGGCCCGGCGCAACAACGUAUAACUGAGGCAUUUGACAAGGAGAGGGUGAACCGAGUGAAAGAGUACAUAUGUAGAUGGGCGUAUGAAGCAGCUGUUCCAUUUCAUGUUCUUGAGAAAGAUAGCUUCAAGUUGAUGAUUGAAGCUGCUGGUCAAUUCGGUCCGGGAGCGCAGACACCAAAUAGAUAUGAACUGAGUGAAACAUAUUUGAAAAAAGAGGUUGAUCGCGUCAAGGACAGUUUGAAGGAACAUGAGGCAUUGUGGAAACAAAAUGGCUGCUCAAUUAUGACUGACGCAUGGACAGAUAGGAAGAGAAGAAGCGUCAUGAACUUGUGUGUAAAUUCAAGAUUAGACACUAUUUUUCUAUCUUCUAAAGAAUGUUCAAGUGAGGCACACACAAGUCAGUUUAUAUUUGAAUAUGUGGAGCAUGGGAUUAAAGAAGUUGGAGAGAACAAUGUUGUACAAAUUGUCACAGAUAAUGCCGCAAACAACAUGGGAGCGGCUAAAUUGUUGAAGGAGAAGAGGCCACGACUAUUUUGGACAUGUUGUGCAACUCAUUCCAUUAAUUUAAUGCUUGAAAGCAUUGCAGGUUUACCCCGGUUCAAAAAAGUUCUUGAUCAAGCAAAGAGCUUAACUAUCUUUAUCUAUGCACACCACAAAACAUUGGCAAUGAUGAGAACCUAUACAAAGAAACGUGACAUAAUUAGGCCAGGUGUGACUAGGUUUGCUUCUGCAUUUCUAACUUUGCAGAGUUUACUUGCUAAGAAAAUUGAAUUAGAGGCUAUGUUUAGUAGCAAUGAAUGGGAGGAAUGUAAGUUUGCCAACACAGUUAAAGGGAAAGCUUCCUAUGCUACUGUCACGAAUACUUCAUUUUGGCAAGGGGUUACAUUAUGCUUGAAUGUUUUUGCACCGUUGGUGAAGGUGCUUCGUAUUGUUGAUCAAGAUAAAAAACCUUCAAUGGGAUUUGUUUAUGGUGAGCUUAUGCAAGCCAAAGAGGACCUUAAGAAGGCAUUGAAUGAAGUGGUAAGAAACUAUGAGCCUAUUAUUAAGAUAGUUGAAGAAAAGAUGAGCAAUAGGCUAGAUUCUCCUCUUCAUUUGAUGGCUUUCAUGUUGAAUCCUUAUUAUCAUUUUAAGGAUCCUCGACUUCAUUUGGAUGUUAAUGUUUCUCUUGGAUGUAUUGAGUUUCUUGAAACAUAUUACCAUGACGAUUUAGAAAUGCAAAACAAGGUAUUGAAUGAUGAAUUUCCCAUUUACAAGAGGAAAGAUGGUGUAUUUGGGAAGACACUUGCGGUCAAAGGAUGUGAGACAAAUAAUGAGUGA